CCGGGGUCGCCGAGCGCGCGGCGGGAAAUUAUUUCCCAGCUCCCGGACUAGUGAGGCGGCGAGUGCGGCCGCGGCUGCCGUCUUCCCCUGCCACCGCCGCCACCCGACGGAAGCAGCCCAGACUCUCCGGCCGGGAAGAUGGAAGAUGGUGCCCCAAAGCAUAUCAUCCAGAUGACAGGAUUUAAAAUGGAAGAGAAGGAAGCUCUUGGCAAAUUGCUUUUAAAACUAGAUUGUACUUUUAUUAAGAGUGAGAAAUACAAAAAUUGUACACAUCUUAUAGCUGAACGCCUAUGUAAGAGUGAAAAAUUCUUAGCUGCUUGUGCAGCAGGAAAAUGGGUACUAACUAAGGACUACAUAAUUCAUAGUGCCAAAAGUGGCAGAUGGCUUGAUGAGACAACUUAUGAAUGGGGAUAUAAAAUUGAAAAAGACUCCCAUUAUUCACCUCAAAUGCAAUCUGCACCUAAAAGAUGGCGGGAAGAGCUGAAACGCACCGGUGCUCCAGGAGCCUUCCACAGAUGGAAAGUUGUUCUCCUUGUUAGAGCUGAUAAAAGAAGUGAUUCUCUUGUAAGAGUUUUGGAGGCUGGAAAAGCAAAUGUUAUUUUACCAAAAGGUUCACCUAGUGGAAUAACUCAUGUGAUUGGCAGUAAUGCAAGAAUCAAAGCUGAACAAGAAAGAGAUAACUUUAAGGCUCCAUUUUUUCCAAUUCAGUAUUUAGGAGAUUUUCUUUUAGAGAAAGAGAUUCCGAAGGAUGAAGAUUCCCAUUCUAGAUCUUUUUGGAAUAAGCUUAGCAAUCAAGAAAAACACAGAAGUUUCAGGAAAGAUGCAAGAUUUGUUGAAAUGAAAGGUGCCUUAAGGGAGACCAGAUGUAGAAUUCAGAAAGAAUUGCACCAUCAUGUUGAAGAAUGUAACGUCAGUUCUGUUUUGAUUGACCAUCACAAAAAAGACAAGCUUAGAGAGUCCAGCAAAGAUUUGAAAUUUAUAAAAAUGAGAAAUGCCUUAGGAAGACACACAUAUGGAAUUAAGAAGGAAAUUAAGAAAAAAGAUGAAGAUAUUCAAAGAAGUUAUACUCUGAGGAAAAAAUAUAAAAAAGAAAAAGAAAGAAGCUACAGAAAGGACAUGGAACAUCACAAAAUUAAAAGUACCUUAAGAAAGCACAUAUAUAAAGAGCAGAAAGAAAUGAAGAGCUCUGUUUUUGCUGGUCAUGCCAAAGUAUCAAAAACCAAGGACGUUCGGAUGGAUGUGGAUAUUGUUGAAAUAAAAAAUGCCUUACGGAAGCAUAUAUAUAGAGCUCAGGCUAUCAGGUACAACUGCAUUCGAAUAGAUAAACAGCCAGUCUACAGUGUGGAGGUUAAAAAUGCUGAGUUUCCCAGAGGUGUGUUAAAUUUAAUUGAAAGCCUCAUAGAAGGACAGUUUUUUAAGGAAGCAAUUGAGGAACUUUCCUCUUUGCAAGCACAUUAUAUUCCCCCUGUAUGCCUUCUUCGUGCUCUUCUAGAGAACAUUCUACAGGAUAACAUAGAUACAUUUUCUGGUCGAUACUUUCACAUAUUGUCAGCUCUUCUUCACUUGCAUCCUCCUUGGAAGUCCCCAGCCAUGUCACGAUACUACUUAGAAUUGUUUCAGUGUCCAACUUGUAUGAAAGGAGCGUGGUCUUUAUUUGAAGUGCUGAUCAGAUCUUGCCUUUUCAAUGAGAGCUUUUGUCACCAGCUUUCAGAAAGUACCAUUGAGUCUAAGGUGCUCCACCUGACACUACUCAAAUUUUUCUUUAAUUUAGUUGAAAGUGAAGUGAGACAUCUGAGUCAAAGGUUGUGCGACUGGUCAGAUUCUCAGAGUCUGAAAAUAACAGGAAAGGCAAUUCUUCUUGAAAUUUUUUGGUCAGGGAGUGAGACCUCUGGACUUUUGACCAAACCACUAAAUAUGCUUUUGGAGUGGACUAUAUAUUCUCACAAGGAAAAAAGCAAGUCUAAUGAUGUCUUCAAACAUGAACUAGCUUACCUGUUGACUGGCAUCCUUGGAGCGGCAAUAGAUUAUUGGAUCUUCCUGGGUCUAAAGAUGGGUAGGAAUGUUAUGCGGCACAUGUCUGACGACUUAGGCAGUUAUGUUUCCCUCUCAUGUGACGACUUUUCUUCACAGGAAUUGGAGGUGUUCAUUUGUUCCUUUUCCUCCUCCUGGCUUCAGAUGUUUGUUGCUGAGGCAAUCUUUAAAAAGUUGUGUUUGCAGAGCUCCAUCAGUAUUUCUUCUGAACCACUAUCUCUUCAUAAAAUGGUAUAUUCCUAUUUACCAGCUUUGGGGAAAACUGGUGUGCAUGGGUCUGGAAAGAUGCAGGUACCAAAAAAAACAGGACAGCGGCCUUGCCUUGAGUCUCCACGGGCUUUACUAAUGUUGAAUGGUGCUAAACAGAAACCAGGUGAAGGAGUGCCAGAGUUACCAGAGCUGAGCCUUGCUAAAUGUUCCUCAUCAUUAAAAAGACUGAAAAAGAAAUCAGAAGGAGAGUUGUCAUGUUCCAAGGAGAAUUGCCCCUCUUUAGUUACAAAGAUGAAUUUUCACAAGACUAAUCUAAAAGGAGAAACAGCCCUCCAUAGAGCUUGCAUAAAUAACCAAGUGGAGAAACUGAUUGUUCUUCUCUCUCUGCCAGGAAUAGACAUCAAUGUUAAAGACAAUGCUGGCUGGACGCCUUUGCAUGAAGCCUGUAACUAUGGAAACACAGUGUGUGUCCAGGAAAUUUUGCAGCGUUGUCCAGAGGUAGAUCUGCUCACUCAAGUGGACGGGGUGACUCCUUUGCAUGAUGCACUGUCAAACGGACAUGUAGAAAUUGGCAAGCUGCUACUUCAGCAUGGGGGCCCUGUGCUUUUACAGCAGAGAAAUGCUAAGGGGGAAUUGCCCUUGGAUUAUGUGUUAUCAUCGCAGGUCAAAGAAGAACUAUUUGCUGUUACAAAAAUAGAAGACACAGUGGAAAACUUCCACGCACAAGCAGAAAAACAUUUCCACCACCAACAACUUGAAUUUGGCUCAUUUUUACUUAGUAGGAUGUUGCUGAACUUUUGUUCAAUUUUUGAUUUAUCUUCAGAGUUCCUUUUAGCUUUCAAAGGGUUAACACAUCUAAAUGAGCUGCUGGUGGCUUGUAAAAAUUAUAAGCAAGCUACCAGUGCUCAUACUGAUUGGUUACUGGAUCUUUAUGCUAGAAAUAUAAAGACAUUGCAGAAGCUCCCAAAUAUCCUUAAGGAACUGCCUGAGAACUUACAAGUGUGUCCUGGAGUACACACUGAGGCCUUACUGGUGACAUUGGAAAUGAUGUGUCGGUCAGUCACAGAGUUUUCUUGAUGAUGCCAGAAAAAUGAGUCAACCAUUCUAAACCCUCUCCACUUGCUGUGUUAUUUACUAUGGACUCCUUAAGUUAUUAACAAAUAUUAAUGUAAUUUAUUUAUUGGUAGAAUUUUUAGUCUUGCUAAAUUUUAAAAGCACUUAAAGAACUUCGGCAAAACUCUAGGAUAGGCUUCUUAUAUUAGUAUAGUAGAAUUUGACUCAAAAGUGAAAAGUAGUUUUGUUUGAUAUACACUGCUUUCAUUAACCUUUAUUAUUACAUGUUGUUUUAAGAGUGAUUAUUUAUUUAUAUUGUAUGUGUAAGAUUUUUUAUUUAAAUAUUUUUCCAAAUCAAACUGUAAUGUUCUGAUUCUUGGUGUUCCAGGUCUUAGAAUCAUGGCAAGGGCUUCCAUGCUAAUGUGUUCUCCAUUUCUUCUUCUCUUAAGCAGAUAGACCGAAAUGCCUGCUUUAAUUUUGUGUAUUUCUAAAUACAUGUUUCUAAAAUUUGCAGUAAUCAUCUUGGUUUUUAAGUGCAUUAAAUUGAAUAUGCAAAGUUUGACAAUGACGAUCUCUUGAUCUAUUUUAUUUUAGGCGUUUAUGUUGAAAGUGUAUUUCUAUUUCGUGUAACCAGUGUUCUGUAACUGAUAACAUUCUGAUUCAUAAUGUUUUAUUUCAAAUUAAGAUUACAAACGGCAACCAAAAAUAGAUUUCAGAUUAUCUCAAAUCUUAAUGCACCGUAUGAAUUUACAGAGCCUUAGCAUUUCAACCUGCAAUUUUUUCCUAAUAGUAGUUUAUAGUAAAACUAACAAAAGGGUGUGGAUAAUAACCACUUGUGAAAUUGAAGUUGCUUCACUAGAGGAAUAAGUUACAUUGUGAUACAGCUGGAAAAGAAACAUUAAAACUUCCAUUUAGCUUUUAUGUAACUAAAGUGAUAAUCUCAUAGCAAUUAAUCUGCUAAGGAAGCACACUUUAGUUUUAUCUUAGAAAUAGAUCUUUUAACAAGAACCAAUUGCCCAGUAUUUUAUUACAGGAUUCUUACUCUGAACUGAAAAUUGCUUUAUUAAUAUAUCAGCUGUUAAUAAAAAUUAAGUUUUUUCCCCAUAUAUUUCAAAUAAGUACUUUUCUAGAUAUAUACUAUUAAAAAAUGCGAAUCAUAACUAUCUAGCCUUCAAAUGUGUAACAUCAUACAGAUUUCUUCCUAUUUAUGCAACCUGUCAGCAUUUCAGACAAAACAUUGUGUAGCAGAGAUUAAGUAAUUCUAAAAUACCAAGAUUGAAGUACUUUUGCUAUGAGUUAAAACAUUUUUAUUCAUCUACUAGCCACUUUAUCUCACUUGUGAAGUGCAUUUGGGAUAGUUUGCUUAGUAAACUUACACGUUUAAUUAGAGACUUAGACAUCAGACAGAUAUCAUUUCAAAGUCUUUUCUGAUUUCUAGGUUACCAAUUAAUUACAAGACAAGUUCCUUUUUAAGUUUUUAUUUUCUAACCUGUCAAAUGGAUAUAGCACCAGGAGGGGUUUUUGUUUUUGUUUGUUUUGCUGUGAUAGGAUUAAGCUGCCCUAUACUUUAUGUGGCAUUAAUAAAUGUUACUUCCAUUCUAGUGCCCUUUUUUGUUAGUUGUUGGAGUCGCACCCAGUGGUGCUCAGGGAUGUGUGAGCAAGACGUGGCCUCUUCCUGUUGAGCCUUAACUUCAGAGUUUCUUUCUAAAUCUCUUAACCCUUUGUUACAAUCAAUUAAGUAAAAAAGUAGUAACUGCUUAAGCUGGUAAUUAUUUGAAGGAAUAAAAUAACAAGUUAUAUGUUUUUACGGUUAAAAAGUUUUCUAGUCAAAUGUUAAGUAUCUAUGGAGUUGCAUUUAGUAGUAAAAUAUUUCAUAGCUGUUCUCUAUCAUCUUCGACGAACCAUGGACCUGUGAGUAUUUAUUAAGCCCUCUGAAACCGUUGAGUUCUGUGUCUCUAAGAAAGUGUCAUUGCAAUUUUAUUCUUAUUCAAAAUUAAAACUUAGGCCUGGCAAUGUGGCUCAAUGGUGGAGCAUAUGCCUUGACUGUGUGAAGCCCUGGUGGGUUCUGUUCUUCGUAUCACACACAGGCACAAAAAAUAUAACUUAGUUAAUAAUUCAGUAAAUGUAAAUGAUUUUUAACUUGCAAUGACAAAUUUUAUCUCCAAUAUUAUUUUAGUCAGCCUAACAAUUCCAUUGCUUUCUAUCACUUCCUCUCCACCCCAUCCUCUUCCCUUCCUUCUAUAGUUGUGAUGGCUAAAGGUCACACACAUAAUUGGUGGUGGGGCUCACACAUUUGCUGAAGGUUGCAUAUCUGGUUGUUGCUCAUGGUGAUCACUGUGACUGGCACACAUUUAAUCGCAGUGCGUGCCAAGGGUCACAUUUCUGGCCGUGAGACUUGCACAUCUUUAGUUGUGCCUCCUCCACACACCUGACUGGGCUCACUGUUUCACCACCUGGGAUCCCUGUUGCAACUGCUCUUGGCAUAGGUGAUUAGCACCAGCAGUCCCACUCUCGUGGAAGGCAGGCGCUGCCAGUCUCCUAACCAUUGCUUUAAGUCUUUGAGAUAGAAGAAGUAAAAAUUCCAAGUGCUAGCUUUCCAGUUAUAGAUGGCUCAAAGUUGCAGCUGCUGAAAACCAGUCUGAGUAAUCCUGUUCAUUUGUUCUUCACCAGAUUUCAUAUCAUAAGUCAAUGGAAUUGUUAGCAAAAAAUAAAGUCUAUCGAAGCCUAUGACAGUGUGAAUAAAGCCUGAAGGUGAUUUCUGAGCUGUUAAUAUUUAGUUUUCCCUCUGCACAGUUCCCACAAUAUAGGGAAUAUAAACUUUUUUUAGAAUGUUCGAUGACAGUUCUUGAGAAAAAGUCUCUGGAAAGUUAGAGUUUUCUAGUUUGCUAGUUCUUAAUUUUACUGUGUAAAAUAGAGAAGUUCAAGAAUAUAAAUUUUCUCAUGUCACUAGCUCUAUGAUAAACAGAGGAACAUCCCCUAACGAGUCCGUUGCAUAAGUUAAGUUACUAGUGUUUUAACUUCAUUUCUCAAACACCAACUAUGUAUGAAAUAUUUUGCCUAACUGAACUCACAAAAGUCUGUGGUAAACUUGACAUAUUUUAUUAUCUUUUAAAUAAGCUGCUGAAAAAUAGUUUGCUUAGUCAUUUGUAUUCCUUAUUAGUCUUUAAAUGAAUAUUCAAGGGACUGAUAAAUUCUUUGAUCAGUAUGAUUUUAACAGUGGAUAAAAUGUGAACAUGCUUUUGCAAUCUUAGUGAAAUAAACAUUGGAACUUUUUUAUAUAAAUGCCAGGAAAUAUUUGCCAUUUUUGUUAUGCUGUUGUCACACAUUAACUUAAUGAAUACCUUCACAUGCGAAAAUUGUUGGUGGAAAGUGCAAUCUAUAUGCAUGCGUUUAUACACUUCCCCAGUGAAGUGAUGAACUUGAUGAGAGCCUGUCACUGUUGCUCCUUAAUCAGUAGGACCAGGUCAUCUUUGAGUGACAUGUGGCUCUCUUCCCCUCAGGCAUUCAUCAUCAGGCUUUUUUGCCAAUUGCACCUCCUGCUGACGUGAAGCUCGAAAAACUGAGAAUGAUAAUUGUUUUUAUAACAAAUGUGGAUUGAGUUAAAAAGGUCAAUGAUGGCAUUAUUGGAAUUAGGCUUUGCCUGGUGAUGUCAGAAUUGGAGACAUGAAAUAGUUACUACUUCUUGUAAAUCAAAUUGUUUUUAAAAAUUUACCUUGUAGAUGAAAAUGGAAUGUGAUGGAAGAAUAUUCUUUUGUGGUCAGUUGCUUUGAUCUAGAAUUAAACAUUGGGCU